CGCGACGCGCGCGCGCGUCGUCGACGAUGCGCGCGCGACUCGUCGCGUCGAGCGCGCGGUUGUGCGCGCGACGCGCGGUGAGGGCGCGACGGGAGUGCGCGCGGGCGUGCGCGACGACGCCGGGGGCGAGAGUCGCGCCGCGACGGGCGUGGGGGACGCGAACGCGCGCGACGUCGUCGCGAGGGGGCGACGGCGGACGGACGACGACGACGGUGGAUCCGACGCGCGCGAGCGAGCGCGGGGCGAAGCGGGCGACGAUCGAUCUGCAGCCGCCGAAGGGGACGCGAGAUUUCCCGCCGGAGGAGAUGCGACAGCGGUCGUGGCUGUUUGGACACUUUCGAGAGUGCGCGAAGGUUUUCGGGUUCGACGAGUUCGACGCGCCGGUGCUGGAGAGCGAGGAACUGUUCACGAGGAAGGCUGGGGAAGAGAUCACGACGCAGUUGUAUAACUUUUCGGAUAAGGGCGAUCGCAGGGUGGCGCUGAGGCCGGAGUUGACGCCGUCGUUCGCGCGGUUGAUUUUGCAGCAAGGCAAGUCGUUGGCGUUGCCGGCGAAGUGGUUCGCGAUCGGGCAGUGCUGGAGAUACGAGCGCAUGACGCGAGGAAGACGUCGGGAGCAUUAUCAGUGGAAUAUGGACAUCGUCGGCGUGAGCGGGGUGGAGGCGGAGGCGGAGUUGUUGGCGGCCAUUACGACGUUUUUCAAGAGGGUGGGGGUGACGAGCGCCGACGUAGGCAUCAAGGUGAGCUCGCGAAAGCUGUUGCAGGAGGUGUUGACGCGGUUCGGGAUCGACAGCGAAUCUUUCGCGCCCGUGUGUGUGGUGGUGGAUAAGAUUGAAAAGCUCCCGCGCGAAAAGAUUGAGGAAGAGCUCAGAGAGCUCGGCGUGAGCGACGAGGCGGUGGAGGGCAUCUUGGCGGCGACGUCGAUGCGCACGGUAGAAGAGCUCGAGGCCCUCAUCGGCCCGGACGCGGAGGCGGUGAAGGACUUAAAGAAGCUUUUUGAGUACGCCGAUGCGUACGGCUACCGAGAUUGGCUCGUGUUCGACGCGUGCGUCGUUCGCGGUUUGGCGUACUACACGGGCAUCGUCUUCGAAGGUUUCGAUCGCGCGGGCGAACUUCGCGCCAUCUGCGGUGGCGGGCGAUACGACAUGCUUCUUGGGGCGUUAGGCGGCGAGAAUCAACCCAUGGUCGGGUUCGGGUUCGGCGACGCCGUCAUCGUGGAGCUGCUCAAGGAUAAGGGUUUGAUGCCCGACUUUUCCAAGGGCGACGUCCAAGACUUGGUGUUCCCGCUCGGCGAGUCGCUGCGCCCGGCGGCGAUGCGCGUCGCCGCCCAGCUUCGCGACGCCGGUCGCACCGUUGAUCUCAUCCUCGAAGACAAGAAAGCGAAAUGGGCGUUCAAGCAAGCCGAACGCGUCGGCGCCCAACGCGUCAUUUUGCUCGGCGAAAAGGAAUGGGAAGCGGGGAACGUUCGCGUCAAAGACUUAGCCAGCCGCGAAGAGGUCGACGUCAAAUUGGAAGAUCUCAAAUAAUUAAUAAAUGAUGC